AUGCUCGACGCUGCGAUCCCCGGAGCGGAAGAUGCAUCGCCGACAUCAUAUCGAGGCUACCGCAUGCUCGCUGACGAAAUCCUGUCGGAGGAUCCUGUUCUCGGGCAACGCGUGCUGGACGGCAUGAUAUCAUGGGGCGGUUUGGACGUGAAGACCUACCCCGAUACGUUCUCGUCACUCACAGACUACAUGGUCUACCGAGUUGAGGACGUUGGAGCCGAUCUUAUCUUCCGCACAGCGGAGUUUGCGUGCGGGCUUCAACUGCCGCAGAGGGAGAUGGACGCCCUCAACGGCUUGCGUUCUCUGUGCGCAAGACACAUCCUCCUCACCAAUGACCUGUACUCGUAUGAGAAAGAAGCAGCCGCAGAGAAAAAGGGGGUGAAGCUCUUCAAUGCUGUGAGGGUUGUCCAGGAUCUGAUGGGGGUGUCGGCUUUGUCUGCGAAAGGCAUACUACGGAGCAUUAUCUGGGACGUUGAGCGACGCAUGAACGAGGAGUACGAGCAUCUGGUUGCGGAGAAGAGUUCUGAGUCACAACUGGUGCGUGCUCGGGCGCUGGUUGCGUGUGUGGCAGGCAACAUGUACUUUUCUGCAACCUGUGCCCGAUAUGCGCGUGUGGUUGAUGGGGCGAGAUUGGCAGCAUGA